AUGGAGUCUGGCUGCUCGCCAUAUUUACGAGCAGGGCUACCUGUAACACCUGAUCAAUUACAGAAUUUGCAUUAUACUCUGAAGCUGCAGCCUCAAGUCGGACAAGAACAGAUCAUGGAGUCAAUCCACGAUCUUGCACAUCAAAACGUCAAUCACAAAAGACGGACUAACGCCGCAAAUGCUCAUAUCUACAUGUAG